AGCACCGCGCAGAAGGAGCAAAGCCGCAGCAUGGCCAUGCGGCGCGACAUCUUCUGGACCCAUCAUCUCAAGGCGCCAUCAAAGCGCCGCGACCUGCAGGCGUGGGCCGCAGAGCUGCACGUGUGGGCCGUGGUGAAGCUCGGGUAUCCAGGCUUCCUGCUAUUCGAAGGGCGGGAAGAGGACGUCGACGAGAUGUCGCGGCGCAUCAAGGCUCUCCAGUGGCAUGCUCUUCAGCAGCGGUCGACUGUGCGCUACGAGUAUGCCGGCGAUGCGGGCUCAGAGAGCGAGACGCUGGCCGCUGCGCUGCGCUCAUGCCUGCUUGCCACGCAUCAUCCCGCACGACGAGCGGACGGCGCCUUGGGACAGGAGCGGACGGGAUGCGAGGAGCUCGAGGCGACGAGCGAGGUGGUCAAGCGGUGCGUGGCGCCUGGUGGACUGUGCUGCGCUGUCUGGCGCAUUGCAGCUGCUCACCACGUCACCACACAGCUUGCGGACUGCAGGCGUGCCCGAGGAAGAGGUCGUAGACGGCCUGGGCUUGCGCGUCGGCAACGCGGCAAGCGCCGGCUGAGAAGGUCGAUGCAAAGAGAGCAAGGCAGCCCUUGCUCUCUCUCCCUCAUCGCCAGACGCGCAAGCACACCAAAUCUGCGAAGGCAAUACUUCAUUGCAGCACGCCAGGCGCAUACAGUCUGUUCAGAUACAGCGAAGAGGUCAGAGCAGAAGCGCAGCGACAGCGGCUUCAGCGCUGGCAUGCGCGCGCAACGCUUGACGGCCACCAAGCUGAGGGGUUGUGUGGGUGCACAGAGGCAUGAGGGCGACGAAGUGUGGGUAUGUGUCGAGGGCAGCGGCUGA